AAAGCGGGCAGUACUCUACUGCACUGCUGAACGACGAGCUACGACAACGAGUGACACAAGCUCUGCUCUGAUGCGAGCCACAUGCGCAAAACGUACUGCGCACUUUCUUAGUCAGCUGAAGAGAAAAUACAAGAAUUCAAAUUUACGCGGGUAAAGACAUUUGACCAUUUUGUAUUGAAACUGUUUUUUUUUAUACUUCAAUAGUUUGUUAAUAUUAACUCUCACGCGUGCUAUUUAGGCGAUUUGAUGUAUAUUGCAUAUGCGCGUGCUUGCCUUGUCGAAAAUCUGCGCAAAACGGUUUGCGCAUGUCGCUCAGCUGUGUUGGUAGGUACCUACACCCUACGCAAUUACCGUCAGAGCCUUCUCAGAAAUCUUUGCGGGCACUCCGCUAACCACUUCAGUCAGUCUUCAGCAGUCAGCUAUAUGCGGAGUCGGCGUCAAUGAAAAGAAAAUAGAACACGUCACCUAACCUUACCUGCCGAACUAACCUCGAAAAGCCGUUGCUCUGCACGAAACACUGAUAAUUUCUAACGUCACACAAAUUGUUGGAAUCGUUUGUUUGUGUAUCAACAAAAUGAGAGCGGCGGGCUGAACGAGUGUAUACGCGUUCCAUACAUACAUGGUGCACAGUGACCAGUAGUUGUUAAUUCUUUAUUUCACGCAAGUCUAAAAAGUGGAAAUUCAGAGCAUCAAAAUGUCGGGAAAGGGUAAGCAAAACUCGAAAAAGGCGAUCAUCAAGACGGGGCGAGAGAGUGGCAAGGUCGUCCAGCCGGUGCUGGCCAACUCGGAUACCAGCUCCGAGGGUUCCGAGAUGAUGACUGUUUUUCCAGUCAUCAAGAUGAUCGACAACAGCAAAGUACUCCCCAGGUACUCCAGUGUGCUACAGAGGAAUACAGAGGAUGGUAUCAACAUGGAAGACCUGGAUACACUGCAACUGGAAUUGGAGAUGCUGCUUUCUUCGGUGGUGGUGCGCAGCAGAAUGCUGCAGGAAGAGAUAGCCAGCUUGUCUGCUUCUGAAGAACGCAGAGACAGAAGAUCCAAGAGUGGAAAAGGCUUGGCUUGCAUAGACAAAAAGUUGCGGGAUGAUGGAUUAAAGCCAAAACAAGUUGGAGUCAAGUCCCAGUCUCCAUUGCCAGCCAAGUUGCUCAAACAGAGGGCGGUUGGAAGUGCUGCUAACCAAGUGGUGCCAAAUCCUCAUGAAAUUGUCAGGGUGGAAGGCUCCAAGUCCGACGGACAUGCCAAGCUGUUGUUACCUAAAAAUGACACUUUGAACAAAUUUUGGGCUUCCAUAGAUCCUUACUGUGCAGAUAUCAUGCCUGAUGACAUCAAAUUGUUGGAAGAGCUUAUAGCCAAGCACAGCGAUAUAGGAGAAUUCAAAAAGAUUCCACCACUUGGCCGGCACUACAGUUUAAUGUGGGCACACAACGACUUGAUGCAAGAAGAAGAUGCAGGAAACCCUAACAGAGACAAGAAGAAGGGCAGAUCUGAUAUAUCUCUCUUGUUGUCCAAAGCAGAAAAAAAAGCAAAUGGUAUAGCUGGACCACUUACACAGAGGCUAGUCUCGGCUCUUUUGGAGGAAAACGUUUAUGUAGCAAAUAACAACACAGAUAGUAAAUUAUUUCGUGAUGGAGAUCCACCAGUCUUGAGAGACUUGACCAUUCAGAAUUCUAUGAAUCUUGAAAUGCGCAUGCACAAAGAACUGGUGGAGCAAGGAAUUCUUGAGCCAGAUUCUCAGAAGAAGAACCAAGACGAUGACGAAAUUGUAGCAGAGAUUAAAAGGUGUCAGCGUGAAUUGACUGCUCUCUCUAGUCACAAUGAAAUGCAAUUGAAAAGGCUGUUACAUCUUGCACAAGAGGAAAGCAAGAGGCAGGCAUUAAAGAGAAAGAUUGCUUCUGUGGAUAAUCAAGUAGUAGAGCACUAUGAAAAAUUACUGUUAGCCAAACAAAGAAAAGUACCACUGUCCAGAAAGGAGCAAGAGAAGGCAUGGACUUGCCUGAAGGAGAGAGAAAAUCUCCUUGAACAACUGAACAUGCUGCCGUCCAAUAGCAUUGGAGAACCUGUCCAAGUUCUAAACCAUACUGCAACGUAGUGUUGAAUUUAAGCUUCACUAUAGGUGUUGAGAGGAAUUUUCUCACCUCAAUAAAUUGUACUGAAUAUUGACGUGCAAAUGAUUCAUCAUUUGAAUAAUGAUAAUCAUAGAAUGCGAAAUCAAUAUCUAAAAUAUUUAUAAUUAUUACGAUUGAAACUUUAAUCUAAUCAUUUUAAUCAUUAUACAAAUUGUAAUUUGAGAAAUAUCUCGGAUAAACGAUGUUAAUUAUAAGUGCGGUAGAAUUGUAAAUUGUGCAGAAAUACCUACUGACACAAUCAACAAACGUGAAAACGCUUUAAAUUAAAGUGUCAUUACAAGUAAGGUCGAGCAUGGCAUAAUAUUUGUGUAACUAUCUCUCUAUACUUGCAGAUCAAACGAGACUAUAGAGAAUAGACAUUGUUUAAUUGUUUGAAACAGAAGCAAGAUGCUACAGUAUGGGAUUACAGCUUAAGAUUAUUUGUAUUUUAUCAAUAAUAAACUGUAGGUUGAGCCCAAUUUGUAAAUAAAUUAUCUAAACCAAUUUAAUUAUAACCUGCACCAUUUCUCAAGUUAUGCAUUUAUUAGGUACAAUGCUAAAAUUAAAAUAUUUACAGUGUGAUUAGACUUAUAUAUCGUGUUCAUGAAAAAGAAAAAUAUUUUUUUAGUUUAUGUUGAUCAUAAAUAGUAUAAUCUAUUGAUGUUGCAAUAAAAAAUCACAAAACACUUCCAUGAAAAUACCAUAGAUCUCCAAUGUGUAAUUCCAACUUGACUGUCAUGUCUAGAACUAGCAAUCUUUCAAAACAUUAAUAAUGCCACUUUCUUUGAAAAUGAAAAAAAUAAGUAUUUCUCAUCGUAUACGACUUUUCCGACGAAUUUUUCCGACGUCGGCGUCAAAGCAGCGAUUAAUGUAGCAAUAUUUCCUAUGAAUGUAUGUAAAUAAAAAAGAAUAUUUAAAUUAA